UAGGCUACUUCUAAUCUAUUCAUUGCGUAUGCCUACUUGUAAUUCUCGUGUGGAUAUGAACACGAUGAUGGGUUUUCUGCUUGUGACACUUGCAAUGGGAUUAUUAUGCGGCGCUUCGGACACUGGUGGAUGCUUUCCAGUGGAGCACGCCUGCAAGGUGUUACGCAGGCACUGGCGACACCCACAACUGCCGCAGCGUAACCAGCUACCACCGAUGCCAGUAUCAAGUUGCCCUGAGUUCAAGCUCCAAUCGUCAUCCGGCAUUAGUAACCGCUCCCUCUCGCCCUGGCGCUACAGGAUAGACGUGGAUAAAACCAGGUACCCGGAGGAGAUUGCGAUGGCUGAGUGCCUGUGCGCUGGCUGUGUCAUAGACGGAAAGGAGAACAGGGAAUACAACUCCUUUCCAGUCAGUCAAGCUAUGUUGGUCGUUCGGAAGAAGGAGUGCUCUGAAAAAGGCCGAUAUUCCUUUAAAACGGAAAUGAUCCAAGUACCAGUUGCAUGCACCUGCCUGAAUCCUAAGUCUGCGUAAGUCUUCAGAAUAAGGGCAUUCAUGACUAACUCUUUAAAAGAGUGAUAAAAGAAAAAAAAAGUAGUGACAUGUUUCACGUUUUGUUGUGUUUGUUCUAAAAUGCAAACAAGUUACUAACACUAGGACUACUGCAUAUUGGGUUGCCGAUAGCAGAUGUUUUACAUUAAAAUAAGAAGUAGGCUAUACCUGAAGGCGUCUUAUCUUGGCGCUUCUGUGAUAGCGGUUUCUUUUCAUACAUAUUUAAAUUAUUUAUUAUGCAUGUUAUUAUUUAUUGGUGUAUAGGCCUACAUUUGCUAUUUGUAUUUUAUAUUUAUCAACAUUUGUUUGUCAACUUUUCCUAAACGCAGCCUGUAAAUUAUGGGCAAUAUUGUUGAAGUUGUCAGAUUGGUUAUGGUUUUCAUGUUCUCCUCUUGUGACACUUAAGCUAUAUGUGUAUGUCUAUGUUUCAUUUGAAGCUAAAGAACCAUUUGAAUAAAAACAUUUGUUAAUAUAUUGUGGUGUUAAGUGGCAUUUCAUUAAAUACACCAUUUGGAUCAUCAUGGUUUUGCAUCCAUCAUGAUGCUAUACUCUUUCUUCAAGUGCCGUUUUUUGCUGUUUACUUUAAGAGAUGUAUUACUUACAUGCACAGUUACUUGCAAAGUUACUGAAAGUUGAUCACCUCCACAACAGAAAUACUUGAUGAAUUGAAUGAUUUUGGCUACUUGUAAUAGGGCCUAGUACAUACUGAAGUGGGAAAUAACCUUUUUCUGUGUGUUUGAGGCCUGCUUUCACUCUCUCUCUGUCUCUCUCUCUCUCUCUCUC